UAUUGUGGUUCUGGAUGAGGAAUAUUCGCGUUUGCUUUGCUGUGUCAGAGGAUGAAACUCCUGCAGGAAUGAAGGCGAGGGUCUCAGUCGUGCUCCUGCUCUACACACUCUCAGGUUUGGGCGGAGCUUCAGAAUUGGCGUUCAUCACAGAACCCAGUGAUGUCAUCGCCGUGAGGGACCGCCCCCUCAUGCUGGACUGUCAGGUGGAGGGGGAGGGGCCUAUCACGGUCACAUGGCGACGGAACGGCGUUCCCGUAUCUCCCGGAGCGCGAGCAGCGGUUCUGGAUAACGGGACGCUCCUGAUCCGAAACUUCCAGAAGCGGCGUGACGGCGGCGAGAGCGACGCGGGCGAGUACGAGUGCGCGGCGCAGAACCGAUACGGGCUCCUCAUCAGCCGCAAGGCACACGUCCAGCUGGCCUCGCUGCCGAAGUUCCACACACACCCGGAGUCCAUGACCGUGGACGAGGGCGGCGUCGCCCGGUUUCACUGCGCGGUCAGCGGCGUCCCGGAGGCCAACAUCACCUGGGAACGGAACAGAACGACUCUCAACGCCGAUGAUAACAGGUACACACUCCUGCCCAACGGUAUCCUGCACAUCACAGCAGUGCGUCGGGCCGACAGCGGCGGUUACCGUUGCGUCGCUAAAAACAUCGCAAACACUCGCUACAGUCACGAGGCCCAGCUGUCAGUCACAGUUGCAGCGAAUCGUCUCUAUAAGGAGCCGGUGAUUCUCUCCGGGCCUCAGAAUCUCACUCUCAAUGUUCACCAGACGGCCAUCUUGGAGUGCAUCGCCACAGGGAACCCGCGGCCCAUCGUGUCCUGGAGCAGGCUGGACGGCCGCUCGAUCGGUGUGGAGGGCAUUCAGGUGUUGGGCAGUGGGAACCUCAUCAUCUCAGACGUGUCUCUGCAACACUCGGGUGUUUACGUCUGCUCCGCUAACAGACCCGGAACCAGAAUGAGGAGAACCGCACUGGGACGACUAGUGGUGCAAGCUCCUCCAGAGUUCCUGCAGUGGCCUCAGUCGGUGUCGAAGCCGGCGGGUUCGAGUGUCGUCUUCACCUGUCAGGCUCAAGGUGUUCCCGAUCCGCACCUCAUCUGGCUGAAGAACGGCAAGAUUCUCACGCCUGGAGAAAACGUCAAACUCACCAACAACAACAGUACUCUGGCUGUGACGCGCAUCACGGCUGAAGACGAGGCCAUCUAUCAGUGUAUCGCGGAGAACAGCGCAGGAACCAACCAGGCCAGCGCUCGCCUCGCCGUCUCCCAGUCCGCCCAGUUCCCAGAAGCCCCUCAGGACCUGACGGCCACACCACUGUCCACCAGUUCCCUGCGGAUCCGCUGGAAGCAGCCGGAGCCACGCGUCACAGACGGCAUCAUCGGAUACGUGCUGCAUAUACGCAAACUGGGCGAGCCGGACAGCAGCGAGCUUCAGGAAGCCGUGAGCAAAGACACGUUUCAGCACGACUUCACUAACCUGGAAGCCUCCACCACCUUCUCCAUCUACGUCAAAGCGUAUUCACCACUAGGAGCCAGUCAGCAGUCGAGAAGCGUCAUCGCCACCACACAUGGGGCCGUUCCCACAAUGCCGAGUUUCUUGACGAAGGUUCUGAACAGCACAGCGAUGCAGGUGUUCUGGGAUCUGCCCGCUAAAGCAGGGCGAGUGGAGGGGUAUAAACUGUCUCAUCGAAUGCUGCCGCAACAAGAGUUUGGACAUGAGGAGCGUUUUCCUGCACAGAUAAACACACACACCAUCUCUAACCUGGAAGCCGCAGCGGUGUAUGAGAUCCAGCUCAUUGCCUUUAAUGGGAAUGGUGACAGCAUCGGCAACAAGCGACUCGUCUCAUUGGCUGAGACUGAAAAGAGUGGGAAAGAUGCAGCAGGACAGAGUGUCUGUAACUGUCGUCAGGACAGCGAGAGCUCCAUCACAGGACUGGUGAUCGGGAUCCACAUCAGCAUGGCCUGCAUCAUCUUCUGCGCGCUCUUCCUGAUGUUCGGGUACCGGCACAGUUUCUUCUGUCAGAAAGGUUCUCCGGGUAACUGGAGUCUGUCAGGAGGUCAAAGCGCUGCUAAAGACGCCACGAUCCGCACGACUGACGCCAUCGAGCUCAUGCCACAGGCUGGGGUCGAGCGUCAGGCAGCGGCUCCUCAGUGUCAGGUGAUGAUCGAACCACAACCUCUCAGCCCGGCAGACACUGGCACUGGAACCGGAACUGGCACUGGAACUGGAACUGGAACUGGCACUGGCACUGGAACUAGAACCGGAACCGGAACCGGAACCGGCACUGGCACUGGAACAGACACUGGAACUGGCACUGGAACUGGCACUGGAACACACACUGGCACUGGAACUGGUACCGGAACUGGCACUGGCAUCGUAACUGGUACCGGAACUGGCACCGGAUGA